GGGCGGCAUCAUGGCGGUCAUGGCGGCGCCGGGCCCGCGGCUGCGUGUGGCGGCGGCGCUCAGCCUCCUCCUGCUCCUUCUCACCAGUGCCCGGGCCCUCGCCCCCAGCCACCGCCUCACGGCCCGCGACCUGGCGCGGCUGCGGGCGACGCUGGAGCGGCCCUUCGCCGACGUGCGGGCCGCCUACUACUCCAUCGUGGGGCUCGGCAGCCUCGGGGUGCGGGUGGCGGACGAGAAGGCUGCCUGCAAGUUCAUCAAGUCUCAUGUGGACUCCAGCAGUGUUGAAUCCCUCUUCUACGCUGCCCAGUCCAUCCAAGCCCUGUCUGGCUGUGAGGUCACCAUUUCAAAUGAGACCAGGGAGCUGCUGCUUGCAGCUGUCAGUGAGGAUUCCUCCAUCACCCAGAUCUUCCAUGCUGUUGGUGCCCUGAGUGGCUUUGGCCUUCCUUUAGCAUCCCAGGAAGCUCUUAGUGCUCUUACUGCUCGUCUCAGCAAAGAGGAAAGCGUGCUGGCAACCAUCCAGGCUUUGGAGACGGCAUCUUACCUGUCCCAGCAGGCAGAUCUGAGUAGCAUUGUUGAGGAGAUCGAGGAUCUCGUUGCUCGCCUGGAUGACUUGGGUGGAGUUUACCUGCAGUUUGAAGAAGGCAUUGAGACUACUGCCCUGUUUGUUGCUGCUGCCUACAAGCUGUCAGACCACGUGGGUACAGAGCCAGCAAUGAAGGAGGAUCAAAUUAUCCAGUUGAUGAAUGCAAUUUUUAGCAAGAAAAACUUUGAGACGCUCUCAGAGGCCUUCAGUGUUGCCUGUGCUGCAGGUUCCUUAUCCCAGAACCGCUUCCACUUGCCUGUCAUUGUUGUCCCCGAGGGGCCUGCGGCUGUGUCUCACCAUCAGCCCGUCCUCAGGCUACAAGUGACCAAUGUUAUGUCCCAGCCACUGACUCAAGCUUCUGUAAAGCUCGACCAAGCCAAGUCUGUGUCUAGCAAAGCCACUGUCCUUCAGCAGACACCAUUUGUUCUGUCAGGAGAUUUCUUUGAGCUGAACUUCAUGAAUGUGAAACCUGCAAGUGGAUAUUAUGACUUCUCCAUCAGUGUAGAUGGAGAUAAGCGAUUUAUUGCUAACAAAGUGGAGCUGAAAGUAAAAGUUUCCACGGAAGUUGGGAUUACUAAUGUAGAUCUUUCUACUGUGGAUAAGGAUCAGAGCAUUGCACCAAAAACAACCAGGGUAGCUUACCCAGCCAAAGCCAAGGGCUCCUUCACUGCUGACAGCCAUCAGAAUUUUGCUUUAUCCUUCCAGCUGAUAGAUGUGAACAGUGGAGCUGAACUCAUCCCUCACCAGACUUUUGUCCGACUUCACAACCAGAAGACUGGCCAGGAGGUGGUGUUUGUUGCAGAACCAGAUAACAAGAACGUGUACAAAUUUGAAUUGGAUACCUCUGAAAGAAAGACUGAAUUUGACUCUGCCUCUGGUACCUACACUCUUUACUUGAUCAUUGGAGAUGCCACUCUGGAAAAUCCAAUCCUCUGGAAUGUGGCUGAUGUUGUGAUCACGUUCCCAGAAGAGGAUGCACCAUCCACAGUUCAGUCCAAGAACCUCUUUGUUCCCAAACCUGAAAUCCAGCACCUCUUCAGGGAACCCGAGAAGAGGCCUCCCACAGUGGUCUCCAACACUUUCACAGCGUUGGUUCUUUCCCCUCUGCUUUUGCUGCUCAUCCUGUGGAUCAAGAUAGGUGCCAACAUCUCCAACUUCAGCUUUGCUCCCAGCACCAUUGUUUUUCACAUGGGGCACGCUGCAAUGUUGGGGCUCAUGUACGUCUACUGGACUCAGCUCAACAUGUUCCAGACACUGAAGUACUUGGCCAUUUUGGGUGGCAUCACAUUCCUGGCAGGCAACAGGAUGCUGGCUCAGAAAGCUGUGAAGAGGACACAGUAGUACCAGAAGAAUGGAAGAAGUGUGGAAAAACAAAGCAAAUGCCUUCAGAAUGGAAGUGAAUAAAUAACUGAAAGACCAAAAGAAGGAAGGCAGAAGAUGAUUUUUUUUAUAUAUAUAUAUAUUGAGUCAAAAGGGUGCCAGUUAAACUUUUUUAAAUACCUUGAUUUUCAUCAUUGUGUUCAUGCUACUGGAGUGCUUUUCAUAUGAAUUUGGAAAAUCCUUUUUUUUCCCUGGAUCCUCCCCCCUUUUUUUUUUCCCAGGACAUUUGAAUUUCCUUUCGAGAAAGAGGAAAAAGAAAACACAGUUCUGCCUUUCCCCAGAUCCCCUUUCCUCAUCCUGAAGAUCCUUGAAUAAAGAGGA